UUUCCCAACUAUAAAUAUCAUUUAAGAAUAGUGAUGUGGGUGCAAAUAAUACUUGUAGCUAAUUAAACGCAGCUUGUGAAAUAUUAUGCUUGUCGUCAGUAUACAAAGCGAUUGUUUAAGUUUCUAAUUUAUCUUUUAUAAAACAAGUUAAAAUGCCAUGUACAAACUGCUCAGUACAGUUUGGUGUUUUUAAAAGGAAGAAACAAUGUCAUGAAUGCAGGUGUUACUUUUGCAAUCUUUGUCUGAGAAUUAAGAGAGAUCGAGUGCUUUGUGGUAAAUGUAUUGUUUUAACAUCGCGUCCAUUAAGCAGAUCCCAGUUGUUACAAUUAAAAAGCAAAGACUUAAUUAUCUAUCUGAAAUCAAUACAUGUUUCCACUAGUGGAUGUGUAGAGAAAGAAGAUUUAGUUAAUUUAUUGUUAGCUCAUGUCAACAGUGAGCAGUAUUAUGAUAACUCUAAUUCCCAUCAAAAUCAUCAAUCUACAAGCGGCACUGGAAAUAAUGGAUCAAAUACUUCGAAUCUUUUUAAGCAGUUCAAUUUGCAAAAUUUAUGGGCAAGCGUUCAAGAAAAAUAUGAUAAUGUCAGAUGUAGGCCUAGUGCAGGUUCAGAGACUGCUCAGGCUGUUCCUAGAAGAGUUUAUACAAGGGUGCGACCACCUUAUCAUCAGCAAGCGCCACGACCUACAACAGCUUCUAGUGCUAUAUUUGAAAGAACAAGAACGGAAAGUGAACCUUCAGAAAGUAAUAGAAGGAGAACUAAUUUAUUAGAUACACAAGACUGUGUUGAAAUAGAAGACAUUGGUGAUUGGGAAUUUCUGAGUAGAACAGGUGAGCCUCUAUCUAGCUCAGAUCCACAAAUCAUUGUAGAAGUAACACCACCACCUGAAGGAACAAGUAAUUUAUCUUAUCAAAUAAGACGAACGACUUCUGAAAUAGAUGUUCAUGUUAAUAUAAAUCAAUCUGAUCAUGUGAGCCAAGGGAACACUAUUAGAAGACAUUCCAUACAUAAUGUUGAUUUAAUUCAAAACCAAGAACCUAAUGCCCAUGUACCAAGUUCUGGUGAUUAUGAAACAAACUUAGGUGUUGAGGAAACACAGGAAUCAAUGAAUAUAAGUCAGGAAAGCAUAAACAAUCCUACCGAUACUGAUAAUCCUCAACCAAACCAAAAUAGAACAGAAACUUUCCGUGCCAAUAAUGACGAUCAUGCUCAGAAUUAUCCAGCACCUAAAAAAAGAAUUAACUUAAUAGACAUCACAGAUAUUAAUGAUUUGGAUGAUCUAAGUGUUAAACAAUUAAAAGAACUCUUAAUUGCAAAUAGAGUUGAUUUUAAAGGGUGUUGUGAAAAAAAUGAAUUAUUGGAACGAGUUAAUAGACUUUGGAGAGAGUAUUCACAAAAUCGAGAGAAACUAGAUGACUUACCAACAGAUGAGUUAUGUAAAAUUUGUAUGGAUGCUCCCGUAGAAUGUGUAAUGCUAGAAUGUGGACAUUUAGCAACAUGCACAGCUUGUGGUAAAAGACUCAACGAAUGUCCAAUAUGUAGACAAUAUGUCGUAAGGGUUGUGAGGACUUUUAAGGCUUGAUUUUUAAGACAGGUUCUUUGAACACAAGCACACUGCUACAUAUUCAAACAAAUUUCAUUUAAAAAUAUGUUUAAGCAGUGCAGGAAAGCUGAAAUUUUUUGUUAUAGAAUAAACAAAACUCAUAACAAAUAAA